AUGAAUCAUUUAGGUGUUCCGAAGGGGCGGAGACGUGGUUUAUCUGUGAACAGUGUAUCGGACGCUCAACAGAGGGCGAGAAACACAGCCCUGAAUAGCUUGCAGGACGAUUUAAGUCAUGUAGAAUCUCAGUGGAACCGUAUAUUAACAGAAAACUCUAACCCUCUUGAGUUAGCCCUGGCAUUUCUCGAUGAUACAUCUGUUGGGUUAGGACAUAGGUAUGAGGACUUCAGACAGCUAAAAACGAGAAUUGGAUACGAUUUAAAAGAAGCAGUAAACGAACACUUUCAAGUCUUAAAUACUACAGUUGCAUCUUACAGCAUUGCUGUGGAAUCUAUAACAAAUGCGCAAGACAACAUAGUUCAGCUAAAGACGCAGAUUGCUGAUGCCAACAAGAAUAUAACGAUGGAAAAAGGCAACUUACGGGUCUUGAAUGAAAAAUCAAAGGUGCAAUCAGAAAUGGUUGAAAUAUUAUCCGCAAUCGAAUAUUUGAUGCAGCUACCUGAGAAAGUUGAAGAUCACAUUAGAAAUUCAGAUUAUAAAGAUGCCCAGAAACUGUUGGCUCGGGGUUUUUUAAGUGCAAACACGCAUAAUUUAUGGUCUUUGGAAACUCUUCAAAUUUUAAAACAGCAAUUGGAAAUGCAAGAACAUGUUCUUUUCAACACUUUGAUUGAGGAAAUCCAUACUAUAGUCUACUCGAAGGCAGGACUGAAAAGUUCGGAAGGAACUAUGUUGGAGGAUAUUGGACAGUCUUGGGAAGGAUUUACAAGUUUAGAAAAUUACAUAUAUAAUGUGGUCAAUGUUGAUGUCUCCAAACAAUCAAGAAUCAUGAGCAAUCGAUUGACCAAAUUUUUGGAUAUUCUGAAAGCUCCUGGCUACAAAGAGACUACAAGCAUCCCAAAAGACGAUGACUUUGGGCGUAUUUUCUUCCUACUUUCUAUUCUUCAUGAUAUAAAUCAGCUCCCAAAUGCUUUGAGUAUUCUCACAGAUAGGGCAAAGGAAGAAUUUCACAAUAUAAUAAUAAAGUGCACUGAAGAAAUACGAAUGAAUCACCCAUCGAUGCUCAAAAUGGCUCUAAAUCUGACGGAAGAUAGCAAUUUCGGAAUUUCGGCAAAGGACGCACUGUCGGUUGUAAUAAGAAAGUGCUUCUUUAGGAUCUUUGUUAAACUAUUAAUCGCGGCUCAAGGUCAUCGUAUAGUAUUUGAGACUGUCAGUACAUUAUUACCGUCAACUGAUGCUUCAAAAAUAUACCGAUUUGAUUUAGUUUGGCCUAAGCUGCUAGACGAAAUCGAAACACUCAUAUCGAGAUACUUGAAAAAUUCGGUUUUGUCUAAUGAUGUGGACGUCCGCUAUGGAAAUACGUCAAUUUCUACGUCCUCAAAAAAGAAACAUUCGCCAUUGUUUGUGUUGCAAAACAAUAUUAAAGAUAGUUCAGCUGCUGUUGAUCACACUAACGAAUUAAAAGCCCUACUGAAAGACAUAUUUCCUGGAAUUAAUAUUUCAACGAAUGCCGAGCUAGAGUCUAUUUACGUGGAGGAAGAGUCUUUCGAACAGGAGGAAUCAUUGAUAGCUCCAUCUGUCUUCAACAUGAAGGUCCUCCUUGAACCUCUUCUUAUUUUUUGUCAGUCUGCUUCUGAUUUGAUCCCGCUAGAGUUCUCCACUCGCACUCAGUCUUCAAUGAACUUUUUUGUCGAUUAUAUGGACCAAAGUUUUUUACCUGAGCUUAAAAUGACUUUGUCUCAUCUUUUUGCCUCCAAGAUUGAAGCAACAAACCCUUAUACUUUGGAAUUGACGGAAGAAAAUAAAUAUAUCUGUAAACCUGCUGCAGAUUUUAAGAACCUCCUUUACAAACUUCUGUAUGUCAUGAACACUACUCACAUUUUCAGGAAAAAAAUAUGCAGCCUCUUGCUCGAUUUUUUGGACAAAUUCCAUAAUUACUAUCUUAAUCUUUUCAAAACACUUUUUGGUACCAACCACAGCAUUUCAGGGAAAAAAAUAAUUACAAUUUGGUUAGAAGAUAAAAAGAUUAUGGAAAUGGAAAACCAAAUUUUGAAUGAGGAUUUUUCUGUCGCUUUAAAAGAAGCUAGAGCUUUAAUUAGUCACUGCCCUGAUUUUUUCAGGGAAGAAAACAGUUUGCAGAAGGAUGAUCUUUUGAACAUUGUCACAGUCGAUGCUGUGGAACUUUUUUUGAGCACGUCUUUUUGGAUUCUGGAGUGGCUUCCUAGUUUGAAAAAACUUGUUACUCCUUCUCUGGAACCAAAUGGAGUUUAUGAUGCUGAUCAUUUGAAAGACACUUGGUCUUUUUUCGAAUCCAGUGAUUUGACAAACAUGGAUAAAAUGGCAGCUCCAAAAAUUUCAAUGGAUGUAGAUUCCAGUGAGAAAUUUGAUGAGAUUGUGGUUGGGUUUUCUUCGCUGAAAAAUCGGCUACUAUCCGCUAUUAGAUUCGAUAUAAGAGCACGAUGCUUAUAUCACAUUGGUAGUUUGUUUCAAAAUACCAGGAGCUGGAAUGCAGAUGUUGACAGCGCAGAACUUGACGAGCAUAUUUCAUCCUUGUUGCAUGACUUGAAGAUGCUAGAGAAUAAGUACAGGCAACAAUUCCCCCCUCCAAUUCUGGAUGCUGUCUUUACUGGUAUUGACAAACUCAACAAUUUAGCGUUAUUAGGUGGCAUGCAUUCCAUUCGUGUGCUAAACAAGAAUGGCAUAAAAAAGAUCUUGAAAAAUGUUAGUGUUUUGCAGCACACAUGUAGAAACAUAUUAUCAGACCCCUCAAAUGUUGACAUGAGUGAUGCCAUGAAUUUGUAUUCACUCUGUGGAUCUGAUGAGUCGACUUUCUUCAAACAAAUCGAAGCAGGUAAUUUAUUCCUUUGCUCCAAAGAUGAUUUGAAGGUAAUCUUAAGACUUCAGUUCAGCGAAGAACUACAAAAGCAAUUGAAAAGGAGCAGUGAUAGUUCAAAACGAGUGAACUCACUUCCUUUAAACUCCAAAAAAUAUCAUGAUGCAGUAAAAAAGUUAGAAACACUGCAACUACAGUAA